AUGGCUCUGCAGGCCGCCGCUUCCUUCCUUCCUUCCACCAUUUCCGCCCGCAAGGAGACCAGCUUCCUUGGAGUCUCCCUCUCCGACCACGGCAAGUCGGACUUUAUCUCAUCUCUGAGCUCGAAGAACAGCUGCCCCAAGGUGGGUGGGUGGACCGUUUAACUCUCGAGGAGAACCCAUGAAAUCGUCGGAAUAAAAGCUUUCGAAUUUCAUCAACCUUUCUUCUUCUUUUUUGAUUCGCAGAGGAUCGUGUCCGUGGGGGGCGUGAGAGCUCAGACGGCGGCGGUGGCGACACCGGCGGUGACCCGCGGGCCGGCGGACGGGAAGAAGACGCUGAGGAAGGGCAACGUGAUCAUCACGGGGGCCUCGUCGGGGCUCGGCCUGGCGACGGCGAAGGUGCUCGCGGAGACGGGGAAAUGGCACGUCACGAUGGCCUGCAGGGACUUCCUCAAGGCCGAGAGGGCGGCCAAGUCGGCCGGCAUGAACAAGGACAGCUACGACGUCAUGCACCUUGACCUCGCCUCCCUCGACAGCGUGCGCCAGUUCGUCGACAACUUCCGCAACUCCGGGAAGCCCCUCGACGCCCUCGUCUGCAAUGCCGCCGUCUACCUCCCCACCGCCAAGGAGCCCACCUUCACCGCCGACGGUUUCGAGCUCAGCGUGGGGGUCAACCACCUAGGCCACUACCUUCUCUCCCGGCUCAUGCUGGAGGACCUCAACAAGUCUGACUACCCAUCUCGGCGGCUCAUCAUCGUCGGCUCCAUCACCGGCAACACCAACACGGUGGCAGGGAACGUGCCGCCGAAGGCGGACCUGGGGGACCUGCGAGGGCUCGCGGGGGGGCUGACCGGGCUGAACACGGCCUCCAUGAUCAACGGCGGCGACUUCGACGGGGCCAAGGCGUACAAGGACAGCAAGGUCUGCAACAUGCUGAGCAUGCAGGAGUUCCACCGGCGGUUCCACGAGGAGACGGGCAUCACCUUCGCGUCCCUCUACCCCGGCUGCAUCGCCACCACGGGGCUCUUCAGGGAGCACAUCCCCCUCUUCAGGCUCCUCUUCCCCCCAUUCCAGAAGUACAUCACCAAGGGCUUCGUCUCCGAGGAAGAGGCCGGCAAGCGGCUCGCGCAGGUUCGUCAACUUCCCUCUCCCCCUCCAUCGUCCCUUUCCGCCGCCGGUGCUGACUUAUAUUUCUCUCUGUCGCUGCUACAGGUGGUGGGCGAGCCCUCCCUCACCAAGUCGGGGGUCUACUGGAGCUGGAACCAGAACUCGGCGUCCUUCGAGAACCAGCUCUCCGAGGAGGCCAGCGACCCCGAGAAAGCUCGGAGGGUGUGGGAGCUGAGCGAGAAGCUCGUGGGUCUGGCUUAG